UCACUUCCGGAAAUCGCAAUCACUUCCUGUAUGGGUGUAAAUAGGGACAUGACACAGUCGUUUAAGUCAGUUAAAAUAGAAACAUAAUACUACAUCAGGUAUUUUUUCGACUUCGUUAAUGAUAUAAUACUGUUUAACUUUAGUCGGAUGAGAGAAAUCGGCGGCCGGGAUGGAGGCCGUGCCGCGAAUGCCGAUGAUUUGGCUGGAUCUAAAGGAGGCUGGAGACUUUGAGUUCAGUCCGUCUGUCAAACAGUUCAUACUGAAAAACUACGGUGAAGAUCCUGACAAUUAUAAUGAGCAGUUAAAGAAACUGGAGCAACUGCGACAGAGUGCAGUGAACGUCACACGAGACUUUGAGGGCUGCAGUACAUUAAGGAAGUACUUUGGACAGUUGCAUUAUCUACAAAGUCGUGUGCCUCUAGGAUCGGAGCAAGAAGCUGCUGUCCCCAUCUCCUGGACAGAGAUAUUUUCUGGUAAGACGGUGACCCACGACGACAUCUGCUAUGAGCAAGCCUGCAUCCUUUAUAAUUUGGGAGCACUCCAUUCAAUGCUGGGAGCCAUGGACAACAGGGUGUCCGAAGAGGGGAUGAAAGUAUCUUGCACACAUUUCCAGUGUUCAGCUGGAGCUUUCGCCUACCUGAGAGAUCACUUUAGCCACAACUUCAGUGUGGACAUGAGUCACCAGAUCCUUAAUCUCAACAUCAACCUCAUGCUGGGUCAGGCUCAGGAGUGCCUGUUGGAAAAAUCCAUGUUGGACAACAGGAAGAGCUUCCUUGUUGCUCGGAUAAGUGCCCAGGUGGUUGACUACUACAAGGAGGCUUGUAGAGCUCUGGAGAACUCUGAAACAGCCUCAAUGUUGGGAAAGAUACAGAAAGACUGGAAGAAAUUAGUGCAAAUGAAAAUUUACUACUUUGCUGCAGUUGCACAUUUGCACAUGGGGAAACAAGCGGAAGAGCAGCAGAAGUAUGGAGAGCGGGUUGCAUACCUUCAGAGCUCAAUAGACAAACUGACAGAGGCAAUUAAGAUGGCUAAGGGUCAGCCAGAGAGUGUCCAAGAAGCCCUUAGAUUUACCAUGGAUGUCAUUGGGGGAAAAUUUAACUCUGCCAAGAAAGACAAUGACUUCAUUUACCAUGAUGCUGUGCCAUCUCUGGAAACGCUGACCUCGGUGAAAGGUGCCCCAUUGGUCAAAGCCUUGCCUGUGAACCCAACAGACCCCAGUGUCACUGGCCCAGACAUUUUUUCAAAGCUGGUGCCUAUGGCUGCCCACGAGGCCUCUUCUCUUUACAGUGAGGAAAAGGCAAAGCUGCUACGGGAUGUUGUGGCAAAAAUAGACAACAAGAAUGAGACACUAGAACAGUUCAUGGACUCUCUCAGUCUGGACCUAGAAUCGGUAGAUAAUAUGGAGAAGUAUAAUACCAUACCAUCAGUGUUGAUGGAAAAAUGUGCUGCGUUGAGUGUGAGACCAGAUACUGUGAAAAACCUUAUCCAGUCAAUGCAGGUCCUUUCAGGUGUGUUCACUGAUGUAGAAGCCUCUCUGCGAGAGAUUCGGGAUGUAUUAGAUGAGGAUGAGGCAGGGGAGCGGGGCCUGGAAGAGGCUGCUGGGAAGCAGGCUUUACCAGAAAGGCCUUCAACCAUGGCCGAGCUGAGGAGGGACCUGGAGAAAUACUUUGAAGCCCAUGAGAAAGCCAGCUUCACUAACACAGAACUUCAUCGAGCCAUGAAUCUCCACAUCAGCAAUCUGAGACUCCUUGGUGGACCACUUGACACCCUUAGAGAGGCAUUACCAAAGCCUCAACUUAGCGAAGAUGAGAUAGCAGGUCUCCAGAGUAUGAAGAGAAUUCUUGGUAAAGUGCAAGAGAUGCGGGACCAGCGAAACUCCCUGGAGAAACAACUUAGAGACCUUAUUCAACAGGAUGACAUCACUACUGUACUGGUCACAACUGAGCGUGCCGACAUGAAGAAACUGUUUGAGGAGCAACUUAAGAAGUAUGAACAGGUGAAAGUAUACAUUGACCAGAACUUGGCAGCCCAGGAGAAUAUACUAAAGGCAUUGACAGAAGCUAAUGUCCAGUAUGCAUCUGUGCGCAAAGGCCUGGCAGAAACCGAACAUAAAUGGAACAGUACUAUACAGAUGCUUGUGUCCUCCUAUGAGGCCUAUGAAGACCUAAUGAAGAAAUCUCAAGAGGGAAAAGAAUUUUACGAAGACCUGGAAGCCAAGGCCUCUCGCCUAUUGGAGAGAGCCAAGACUAUCUCCAAGGCCCAGAAGGAGGAGAGACAAGCCAUUUUGGAAAAAGAGCUUAAAAAGAAGGCUCCUCAAAGACCCACUGCCCCAAAGCCACCUCAAAAGAAAGGCCAGAGUGUGGAUCCUGCCAUUAUAGAUGACCCUGAACUUGCUGAGCUAAGUGCUGCUAUCCUAGCCCUUGGUGGGGACCUACCAGAAGAACUACGCAGUCUGCCUCCUGAACUUACUAUUCCACCUUCUAGUCAUCCUAGUACAUUUCCUGGGGCAGCUGCUAGCACUAUAAUGCGAUGGCCUGGAGCUGGUUCAGGUUUAUUGUAUGCACAACCUAGAUUUCCUCCAAAUUUACCCCCUCCAGAAGUUCUUGCUCAAUUAUCCCAUUUCCCAUCAUCUUCGCUGUCUCAAACUUUUAGUCAUAGUCUUCCACAGCCUUCUCGGUCACAGCAACAGUUCCCACAACAUCCCAAUCCUCAGGUUAUUUCAACACCGCCAUCUGUGUCCAGGUACGGCCCUGCAUCUUCACAGAGCCAACAUGGACCACCAGCUACUCUUGUCCGACCCUCCACCACUACAGUGGAUAGUGUACAAACACCUAUUCCUAGCUACAGUCCUGCAUCUGCUCAGGCAGUUAUGCCUGCCCCGCACCAACCCAUGCAUCCCCCUGCACAUCACCAACCCAUGCAUCCCCCUGCACAUCACCAACCCAUGCAUCCCCCUGCCCCACACCAACCCAUGCCUCCCCAUGUCCAACAUCAACCUAUGCCUCCCCCUUCCCAACACCAGCCGGUACCACCUUCUGUCCCAUCAGUCUAUUCAGCUUCACCUCAUAUGACACCUCAAGUCCAGUACAUGCAACAUCCUGGAGUUCCAGCUCCUUCACAGGCAAUGCCAGCCGCUCAGCCCCCGGUUCAGCAACUGUUUGCUCAGCAGGGUGGUCAAAGUCAACCUCAGCCAUUUUAUCCACCGGUACCAGCUCAACAGCAAAUGCCCAGACCUUUGACAGGGCCUCAACCUCCACACCAUACUCAGCCUCAGUUCCCACAGUACAUUGGCUUAACUAGACAACCUGGACCACCAAACAUUCAGCAACCACCAAUUCCAGGACAGUUUGGAUCUAAUAUUCACUCAGCCUCGGCUUCGCAUAUGCAGCCCCAUCACGGUUAUCCCCCUGUCACAUUUGUUCCAAAUUCCCACCCUUCACAAGUUAACACUGUCACCCAGGGUCAGAUGUCCCAUCAUGGCUUGCCUCCACAGAUGCCAAUGUCCUCACAGCCCUUGCCCCCUGUGUCAAUGGCACACUUAGCACAUGUCAAUCACCAGAUGCCCCCUGUUUCCCAACCUCUUACACCUCCUAUCAAUCAGCAGUUUCCACCUGCUUCACGUCCACAAAUACCUCCAUCCUCUCAUCAUUUAGGCCAUGCACCCCUUAUGCAAAUACCUCCUGGCUCAAAUCAGUUGCCUCCUCCCCACCAGACACAGAUUUUUCCUCCAUCCACUCACAUGUCUCCUCCCUCUCACCCACAAAUGCCAUCAGUCACUCAACCACUAUCUUACUCUCCCCAGUCCCAAAUAAUUCCUGCCCCUCAAUCCAUCCAUCAACCAGCAUAUUCAGCCGUCCCAAUGAGGGCUACUGUUCCAAUUCAACCACAGAUCCCCCACGUCCCACUUUCAUCUCAAAGCCAAAUGCACCCAAGCUCUCUUUCUUUACAGCACCAAACCCUUCCCCAGCCCUGUCCUCCAUCACUCCCUCACAAUAUCUUCAACCCUCAGGCAACUGUUCCUCCUAGCUCUGCACCGAUGAGCUAUCCAGGAAGUGUUGCUAUGGUUCCCAGCCAGUCUGUGGCCUCUUCACAACCUCAGUCUCAGCCACCCAAUUUACAGCCUUUACCUUCACAACAACUACCCCCAGGAGGCCCAGUUUCUUAUGUUGUUUCCCAAGGUGGAAACAUUCCUAUAGGAUCAAUGCAGCAUCCUGUGAUGCCUCCAUCCUCAGCAGCACCAGGAGCUCCACAGCCCCGUGUGCUGCCUUCUCCUGCCCCAUCACCUUCUCCCUCACCUGGUCCUCCCUCCCUGGGUAUUGUCAAUCAAAGACCAUCUCCUGCUCUUACCCCAGUUGGAGCAGCACUGCCACAAUCUUCAGUAACAGCUCCAGCUUCCAGUGGUCCCAUGCCUCCAUCCGACUCCAGCCUAUUUCAGCUGCAGAACUCUAGUACUGAUGAUUUGCUUUCUUCAAGUCCUGAGAGUCAGCACGGAGGUACUAAGGACACUGCCAAUGUCCUGCUACCCACCAAAGCCGAUCCCCAGGAAGAACAUCACAGAAAGAAGUCAGAAGGUGUGAGACUUAUUCAGGGGGACCCUUACCAAGCACCAGAAAGGGUCUCAAAGCUCAGUGCAGAACUAGAAAGGUUUCGAUCAACAGUUCAAUCCUUUGAGCGUCCGUCAGGUGAGGGAGGACUGUCAGAACUUGAUGCUCGAUGGAAAGAGCUGCAGGAGCAGCAGGAGAAGGAUACUCGGCAACUUUCUAUUGCCAUUGCUCGCUGCUACACCAUGAAGAAUCGAAAUCAAGAUGUGAUGCCGUAUGACUGCAAUCGGGUCAUUUUGCAGUCUGGAAAAGAUGACUAUAUCAAUGCAAGUUUUAUUGAGGACCUGUCUCCAUACUGUCCCCGCCUCAUUGCAACACAAGCUCCUCUUUCUGGCACUGCAGCCGACUUCUGGCUUAUGGUUUAUGAGCAGAAGGUUUCUGUAAUUGUCAUGCUUGUGUCAGAGCAAGAACUGGAGAAGCAAAGGGUGUUACGCUACUUUCCAACAGAGAAGGGGCAACAGCUUGCCCAGGGACCAAUCACUCUAACGCUGACCACCCAGAAGAGCACCCCUACCCAUAUAGAGCGCAUGAUAGGACUACAGUACCGGGACCAGAGUCUGAGACGCACCAUCAUACACCUUCAGUUCACUUCAUGGCCUGAACUGGGGCUUCCAGAAAGUAAAAGCAACCUCAUCCGUUUCAUUCAAGAAGUCCAUGGACACUACCUACUUCAGCGCCCUCUACACACUCCAGUCGUAGUGCAUUGCAGCUCUGGUGUUGGCCGUACUGGUGCCUUCUGCCUGCUUUACGCAGCACUGCAAGAAAUUGAAGCGGGCAAUGGUAUACCUGAUCUGAUCCAGCUGGUAAGAAAGACGAGACAGCAAAGGAAGAACAUGCUGCAAGAAAAGCUUCACCUUAAAUUCUGCUAUGAGGCCGUUUUGAAACAUACAGAGCAGGUUCUGCAACGCCACGGCAUUAUAACCUUGCCUUGCACCAAGACCCUGAACAACAUUGCAGUAAAGUCAUACUCACGACAGGAAUCUCAAGACAUUGUUCUGGGAGGAGACAUGUCUAUUAGCUCCAUACAGGCCACCGUAGCUAAACUAAGCAUUCGCCCACCCAGUCUUGAUCACGAACAAGAUUCCAACCAAGACCAAAUGUCUUCUGCCUCUGAACCGCCAAGUAUGGGGGACCAAGAGCCUACAGAUGUGUCUCUUCAACCCUCUCAGGAUCCUAUUUCUUAUGAGGUUGUGCCAGAUUUCGUCAGUCCCCCCCUCUCUUGCACCUCCUCUCCAGGCAAGACGCAGUCGCCUUCACCUCCCAGCAGUCAUGGAAAUGGGUUCAAUGGGUCCACACCCGCUUCCCCGGUCUCAAAUCAUCACCCAUCCGCCGAAGCAGCCCCUCCUGCUCUCUCUCCACCCACUGCUUCAUCUCUGGACCUGCUGGCUUCUUUGACACCCGAAGCAUUUACGUUGGACAGCGCCCAUCGAGGCAAGCAGCGGAUCAGCAAACAAAGCUUUCUUCACCCGCAGGAAGGCAAAGGUCUUCAGGGGCCUCCAGUGGGCGACGAUCCGCUCAGUAGUUUGGAUCCUCUCUGGACGCUCAACAAAAGCUGAAACAACACAAUGGAGGUCUUUGCAUCCUCUCCCCCACUGUUAUAACUAGUCCAUGUUUAUCCAAGUUUUUUCAGUUGCACUUUUUCAAGAUUAAUCCUGCUUGUUCAGGUUACAUUCCGUGAAUCCAGUCUUGUCUCCCAGCAUGCACUUCUGAUGCCAUGGUGUUUGUGAUUGGCUGUAAGGUGCCUCAGUGUUGACUCUGCAGCGAGCAUCUGCCUUUUUACAACAAAACAUGCAAAUUCAGAAUGGAUGGUGUGUUAGAAACUGACAUACAGGCUACCGUUGAUCUGAUCGUAUGAAGUAGACAGAGUUGUUGACUCUUUUUCUUUCCCUUUAUCUACAUUGCUGCUUGCACUGUGGGUUGUAUAUUAUUAAUCACUUGUACCUGUUCUUAGACUACAGUGAUCUUGGGAGUUACAUAGAAAGAUAUCGAAGCUGGUUAUAAAAAUACUACUUGAUAUGACUUGAUGUACUCAAUAUAACACUUAAAUUACUGAAGCUCUUCAGAAAUCAUAACAUUUUUAUGAGUUGAUUCUAACUUGCCAUACUGUAAAUAAAUCUUAAAAAUAUCA